CCCUUCUUCUCCUUCUUCUCUCUCCUCCUUCCUCUCCAUCGCAAUUGUUUCUCUUCUCUUCUCCCCAUCUCCCCAUCCUUCUUCCAGAUAGAUCUACCUUUAGUCUAUCCUUCACAGUCAAGAUGUUCGCUGCUCGUCAGUCCCUCAACCUCCUCCAGAAGCGUAGCUUCUCCGCUUCUGCCAGCCAGGCUUCCAAGGUUGCCGUUCUCGGUGCCGCCGGUGGCAUUGGCCAGCCCCUGUCCCUGCUCAUGAAGCUCAACCCCCUUGUCACUGACCUCGCCCUCUACGACAUCCGCGGUGGACCUGGUGUUGCUGCCGAUGUCAGCCACGUCAACACCAACAGCACCGUUAAGGGCUACGAGCCUACCCCCUCUGGCCUCCGCGAUGCUCUCAAGGGCUCCGAGGUUGUCCUCAUCCCUGCCGGUGUUCCCCGCAAGCCCGGCAUGACCCGUGAUGACCUUUUCAACACCAACGCCUCCAUUGUCCGCGACCUCGCCAAGGCCGCCGCUGAGGCUGCUCCCGAGGCUAACAUCCUCGUCAUCUCCAACCCCGUCAACUCUACCGUCCCCAUCGUUGCCGAGGUCUACAAGUCCAAGGGUGUCUACAACCCCAAGCGCCUCUUCGGUGUCACCACCCUGGACGUUGUCCGUGCCUCCCGCUUCAUCUCCCAGGUCAAGGGCACCAGCCCCGCCAACGAGAACGUCACCGUCAUCGGUGGCCACUCCGGUGUGACCAUCGUUCCCCUCCUCUCCCAGUCCAACCACCCCGACAUCUCCGGCACCGUCCGUGACGAGCUGGUCAACCGCAUCCAGUUCGGUGGUGACGAGGUCGUCAAGGCCAAGGACGGUGCUGGUUCCGCCACCCUCUCCAUGGCCAUGGCCGGUGCUCGCUUCGCCGACUCCCUCCUCAAGGCCGCCAACGGCGAGAAGGGCAUCGUCGAGCCCACCUUCGUUGAGAGCCCUCUCUUCAAGGACCAGGGUGUUGACUUCUUCGCCUCCAAGGUCGAGCUCGGCCCCAACGGUGUUGAGAAGAUCCACGAGGUUGGCCCCGUCAACGAGUACGAGCAGGGUCUCAUCCAGACUGCCCUCGGUGACCUCAAGAAGAACAUCCAGAAGGGUGUUGACUUCGUCAAGGCCAACCCUUAAAUGGUUUUUGGACUUUCUUGAAGAAGGAACAAAAUUGCAAUACCUCUCUGCAGCCGCUUUCCUCCCUGUAUAACAGUCUUGUGAUAAUCCAUACCCACUUCCCGCCCCCUAUGCACAUCCCCUUCUCGCAUGUGGCUUUUAUAUCGGAGGAAAUGUAGCUGCGGAAACUCGCAUAGCAAUGAGUUUUUGAAGAGCCUGGGUUUGCCAGGGGAGAUGGACAUGAACGUGUAUUUCCUAUAAAUAAGAAAAUCUAAUGAUUCAAU